AGGCAUGUAUGAAGUAUUCACUAUAGUUCCCAUCGAGGCUUUAUACCUAAACGUCAGAGACAAACGACCUCCUUCAAUUUGAAUGCUUUUGCUAUCGAUGUUUUCGUAAGAGGUAAAUGAAAAUUGUGGAUAGUUGUAAUCACCUUUGGACUUACUUUCUUCGUCACAGCAAAAUUUUGUCCUAAGAUUUCGAAAUCCUCAAGAGAGAUGAUAUGCUUGAGAGUAAUUUCUACAAUGGAAGAAAUUACUCACCCCAAAACUUUGGGUUGCUUUUGCAAAAGUGCAUUUGCUUCCGCCAUUCUAUUUUCACACCGAACUACUAAUCUCUCUCUCUCUCUCUCUCUCUCUCUCUCUCUCUCUCACACACACACACACACACACGCAGUCUAUCUAGGAAACUUCACUGAAACUUCAAGCCUGAGAAUGAGAUUCCAAUGAGUAUGAGAAACUUCGCUGAAACUUCGAGCCUGAGAAUUCAGUGAGUGUUGCUUUAAACCCUUUUAGUCCGUCCGUUAGCAAAAUUACGCCGACUUACCUGGGACCCUCCUCUUUUCUUUGCUUUGCUUCCACAAUGAUCACAGAAACCAGCGAUAUUUGCCGGAAGCCCUCUAUCUCAACCAUACUCUGUAGCCUGUGCGAAUCUUUAAUUCCCUCUUUCUCUCUCUCUGUGAUUGGAAAGUAGGGUUUGGGAUCUUCUCUGUAUAUGAAGGAUUGUGGGUUGGAAACAUAGCCAUUAGCCUGUCGGAAGAGCAAAAACAGAAGAGUGAAAGCUUAAUGCAAUGUCCAGUCCAAUUGGAGAUCCAGAAAGAGGAUUGGUUGCAUCAAUCCGAGAUAUAUUAAAGAUUGGCCCUCCCUCAUCAUCGAAAUUCUGUAUUUCUAUUGUUCCUGGGAAGCUCCGCAGAAUAAAUAAAGAGGCAUACACACCUCAGUUGGUCUCGAUUGGCCCUUUUCACCAUAAAAAUGAAAACCUAAGAAAGAUGGAAACACUUAAAAGGCAGUUUCUACGUUCAUUUGUGGAUCGAAAACCUGGGAUAGAUGUGCAAGAAUAUGUGGAAGCUAUGAAGAAGAGAGAAGAAGAAACACGCCAAUGUUAUGCAGAAGACACCAGUAGUAUCAAUAGUAAUGAAUUUAUAACAAUGAUGCUAGUAGAUGGAUGUUUCAUCCUCGAAUUUCUCCUCAGAAAUCCGCGGCCACUUGAACAGAGUAAUCUAGAUGAUCCUGUGUUCAGUAACAUUUGGUUGUCUAGUGCCAUAAAAUGUGACUUAAUACUACUUGAAAAUCAGUUGCCCUUCUUUGUUCUUGUGGAUUUAUACAACUUAAACCAGGGAAAGGGUCUCAAUUCCCUCUUCGAAACUGUUCGCUAUCCCUUUUCACAUAUGAUGCCAAAGGAGGAAGAUGUGUCGAGUGAGAAUUCUAAAUGCUCCAAAGUAAAGCAGGUGCUUCUUGGUUCUGUGCGUGAUUGUUGCUCCUCCUCUUCAUCCUCAUGUUGUGCAUUGCCGAGAGAGAAUGGAGGAACGGUUGCAGUCCCAACUGUAAAAAUGCCUCAAGUAAAGCAUUUGCUUGACUUUGUACGGCACUGUUACAUCCCUUCAUCAGCUAAGAUAUCCUUGGUAAAUGGGGAGCUUAAACUUCCUCACAAUGUAACACAGCUUCAUGAAGCAGGAGUCAAAUUUGAGGUGGGCAGAGGUAAAUGCUUAUUGGAUCUAAGUUUUAAGAAUGGAGUUUUGGCAAUCCCAUGUAUAAAUAUCGAAGAUUGGACAGAGUCUCUCUUCCGAAAUAUGAUUGCUUUUGAACAAUUGCAUUGUUCUUUGCCUAAUCCUAAAUUCAUCACAGAUUAUGCGACCCUCUUAGAUGGCAUCAUUGCCUCUUCCAAGGAUGUUAUACUGCUACGUGAGCAUGGUAUUAUCAAAAGCUUGGUAGGAGACCAUGAGCAGGUGUCUCUAAUUUUCAACAAGCUUGUCAAAGAGGUUAACAUUGAUGUUGGUUCAUUUUAUUUUUUUGAUCUCUGUCAAAAGUUGAAUGCAUAUUACAGGGUUACUUGGCAUACAUGGAAGGCAAAGCUGAGACAUACUUAUUUCAGCACGCCAUGGAUGGUAAUUUCAUUUAUUGUUGCAACUCUGCUGCUUGUUCUCACAUUAUUACAGACCAUAUACACUAUCAAAUCUUAUACUUCAAAGUAAGAUCUGUUGCUCUAAUGGAUUGCUCGAGUAUUCAUCAUUGGGUGUUUUCUUUUGGUGCUGGAACGAUACGAUUUAUGGGAUGUGGUCGAUGGUAACAUGAAGAAUUGCAAGCGAAUUCAAAGUGUUCUUGAACAGCAUCAAGAGAAUGAAUGAUUUCUUGAAUAUAUUGAGUUCUGAUCAUCUAGAUAGAAUUCGCAUUCAACAUUUAGACAGGGGAAAUCAUUGAACUUGUGUUAUGAACUGAAGUGAAUUAUAAUUUUUGUUUUGUUUUGUGUUAUGAACUGAACUUGAUAUAUUGUAAUUUGCCCUCCACUCCAGUAUGCAGGCUGUAUGUUGGAAGUGGCGGGCUGCAGAUCCUCAUAGAAGAAGAAUUGUGGCUUGAAUCGGUUUUUUCCCUCA